AUGAGGAUUUUAAUCACCAAUGACCAGGAUAAGAAUUGUAAAUAAUAUCCAAGAUUAAUUGCUAAAGACAGUUCAGAAAACCAACAAGUCAAGUUCCAAAAAAUUGAAUUUUACAAUAAAUUGCAUAAGUAAGUCAAACCUAGUGUAGUCUUGAAGAGCUUACAUAAAACCAAUAAUGCGAUUCACAGCUACUAACUAAUCAAGAUUUCAGAUGAUUUCCCAAGACAAAGAAGGAAGAGCUUCAAUGAAGGCAUGAAUUCAUAAAAAAUAUUGAAUAUAGACCUUAAAUACCCUAGAACUAUUAUAUAAUAACAUUAAUUUCUAGAUAGAGUCAAAGAUCUUAGAAGAAGAGCAAUACAGGGAAGAAUGAAAACAAAAUUUCAGAAAUCGUUUAAGAAGAUAGAUACAUAAAAUAUAAGCCAAUUUAACCCAUCAAAUCAACUUAACUCUAAUAGGGAUUCUCAUUUUGCCAGCAUGUAGGAUAUCAAGGUUCUAAGGACUUUUACCAAGGAUCGCACUUACUAUUAACGACCAUUGGAAAAAAAAUGUUCUGAUUUGAUAUCAGAUUCCCCUAGUGAGCCUAGUAUUUAGUUACAACAAACAAGAAAGAAUAUAGUUUUUGUACCUAAGUAAAAAAAGUAUGUUUUGCUUUAAUUAAAUAAAUACAAACAUAAACCUUAUGAAUAAAUUAAAAGAGAUUCCAUAAUAAAAUUUCUAUCAGAAACAAAGGAAACUCGAAUUCAUACUGCUCCUUAGACAGCUCCCCUAUUUUAACAUAGAUUAUAACCUUACUUCGCAAAUCAAAAGAAAGUUAAUCUAAAAAAAUCUAGUUUCACCUCUUCUUCAUAAAGAGUAAAAACAAUAAUGUGA